AUGGACGUCCAUUCAUCUGCGAAGAAUUCACCUGCGGAGAUCGAGAUCAAGGUGCAUAGCAUCCCUCCACCAGUCCGCUAUCCGCCUUUAUACACACAACCACCACCUCUAAUCCACCACCAUAUUCCUCCGCCUCCUCUAUAUUAUCAUUUUUCCGAGGAAUGGUUUCCCUGGUUAGUGCCCUUCAUCUUCAUCGUCAACGUAGCCCUAUUCGUUCUCUCGAUGUAUAUCAACAACUGCCCCCUCCAUUCCCGUAGUUGUAUCGGUGUACAAAUGCUUCAACGUUUCGCCUUCGAGAAUGUCCAAGAAAACCCCCUUCUUGGCCCUUCCUCCGCAACGCUAUUAAAAAUGGGAGCAUUGGAUGCAAAUAAAGUGAUCCAAGAAGGACAACAAUGGCGUAUUGUCACUUCCAUGUGGUUGCACGCCGGCGUCCUCCAUAUUUUCACCAAUAUGUUAAAUCUCCUUGCGGUUGGAAUUCGCCUCGAACAGGAGUUUGGUUUUGCUUGUUGUCAUCUUUGUUUCUCCGCAAAAACAUUUCCGUUGGUGCAUCUGGAGCACUAUUCGGUUUACUUGGAGCAAUGCUUUUCUGAACUACUUACGAAUUGGACUAUUUAUGCCAACAAAUUGGCAACAUCGACAAUGCUCAUUCUCAUGAUCCUUAUUGGCCUAAUGGUUGGAAUCCUCCCACACGUAGACAACUUUGCACAUAUAGGAGGAUUCAUCACAGGAUUCUUUCUCGGUUUUAUCCUUUUGGUUCAUCCACAUUCCAAUCGGAUAAACCAAACUAUCGCUCCUCAUGGUUACUACACAAAAUCGAAAUACAAGUCAUGUCAACACAUAUUCCUUGUUCUUUCCGUAAUAGCUUUAUCUGUGUUGUUUACAAUGGGAUUUGUGUUCCUUUUUCGGAAAGUAAAUGGAAACGAUUAUUGUUCUUGGUGUCAUUAUCUAAGUUGUGUGCCUACGCCUCUAUGGAGCUGUGAUCCACUGUGCAAUUCGAUACAAUUAGGCAACCAACUAAAUUUGACAUGCCUAGACAAUGGAAAGUCGAGGUCGUAUACACUUCCGGCAGGUUAUGGUGUUAUCUCGGUUCAAGAACUUUGUUCAAAGCUGUGCAUCUAA